ACUGUAAGAUCAGAUCGUUCUUGUAAUUUGUAAGUCUUAGAGAAAAGAAGUCUGAUUAUCCAGAGUAUGAGAAUCCCUUCCAAAAUAAGAUGGUAAGCAGGAGCCUCGUAAAGCGCCUGUACCAUCUCCACCAGAACCCACUGCUGCGUGGCGGUCGCCAUAGUUAGCCGCUUCCUUCCCGAGGUCAAAGUUCUAAUUAAACUUUGUAGCUAAUGAUAAAAUGAAUAGCUGAUGAGAAAAAAAGGGAGCUACCAGAUCAGAAAGUAUUUGAAUUUAUGAUGUGACUGUGUAUAUACUGAUGUCAGAAGUGUGGAUGAAGUGAGGGGGUAAAGGAUUGAAUGCAGAAAGAAACCGCAGGACCCUUUUAACAGGUUAGAGGCAGAAAGAUCUAGCAUUCAUUUUGAAAAAGUGACACGUCUCACAUAGUAUACAUGCUAUGAAACAUUGUAUAAUGUAUUAUAUUAGUAACUGCACCAUUAUUUCUCACAUAUAUUAGAUAUGCUAGGAUUAUUUUCAUGUAUUAUAUGAAGCUUAGUGGCCCUUGAGGCCACGGCAGCCAUGGAGAAGGCAGGCCUGGCUCCAGGCAGCACAGAGGCACUGGAGAGCCUGGCGGGAUCUGGCUGGUCCUGCGCUCUGCUUCCAGGUUCUGGCCCUGUAACCCGGGGGACAGGGCCGGCCAAGACAGGGCCACUGGGUGCCAGCCAGCACCUGGGCCAGGUGCCAGGCGGAAGCGCUCUGGCAGAUCAGCCCCGCACCCCCAACAGCCCCACAGGGGGCCCAUCCAGGGCCACACACCUGCCCCCAGGAGCAGGACGUCCCUGAGGCUAGAGUCCAGGGGAACCGGUGGAAGGGUCUCACCCUUUGCCCUUUGACUCCUCUUGUAGGCACCCUCGCUGGGCUCCUAAGCACUCCUCCACACCCUAGCUCUGUCACCAGCCCCAUAGUGAUAUCAUAAGCUCCCAGAUGCCCAGUGUGCACCCGGCCACAGAGAAGUGGGUGACUUAGGAGUAUCCUCUCCGCUUCUCACCCUUAGUUUCGUCUGUGCACAACUCGCUCAAAAUGGGCAACUCACUAAGCGUAUUUUGUUCCUGGUUCCGCCGCAGGUCCUGGCCAUGCCAUCGGCCACCUGCUCGUCUUGUCCGUGAGGCCUUCCCAGCCGGCCGGGCUCACCCCGCGGCUCCUGCACCUGUGCCUGCCCAGGGAACCUGGGGCCGUUACCCACUCCUCUUCAACCGUCAGCGACAUCUUGGGCCUUCUUUUCCAGUCAGGUGGGAUGGUGCCCCUAUGAGGCUGUGUCUUAUCCCUCGGAACACGGGCACCCCACAGAGGGUCCUGCCUCCUGUGGUCUGGAGCCCCCCCUCGAGGAAGAAACCUGUGCUUUCUGCUCGCAACUCCAUGAUGUUUGGACACCUCAGGCCCCCGAGGAUCCCUCGUCUCAGAGGCAAGUUUAACCUUCAACUUCGUUCAUUAGAUGAGCAGGUGAUCCCAGCCAGGCUCCCGAAGACGGAGAUGAGGGCAGAAGAGCCCAAAGAAGCAACGGAGGUGAAAGACCAGGUAGAGACCCAGGGGCAGGAGGACAAUAAAAGGGGCCCCUGUAGCAAUGGGGAAGCAGCCUCCACCUCUAGGCCCCUGGAGACUCAGGGAAACCUCACUUCCUCCUGGUACAAUCCCAGGCCCUUGGAGAGAAAUGUCCACCUCAAGAGCCUGACAGAAAACAACCAGACUGACAAGGCCCAGGUGCAUGCAGUGAGUUUCUACUCCAAGGGCCAUGGAGUCGCCAGUUCACACAGCCCUGCUGGAGGCAUCCUUCCCUUUGGGAAGCCUGACCCACUUCCAACAGUGCUCCCUGCCCCAGUUCCGGGCUGCUCCCUGUGGCCAGAGAAGGGGGCCUUGAAGGUGCUGGGUAAAGACCACCUGCCCAGCUCUCCAGGCUUGCUGAUGGUGGGGGAGGACAUGCAGCCCAAGGAUCCUGCAGCUCUUGGACCAAGUAGGUCUUCUCCACCCAGAGCUGCCGGCCACAGUUCCCGCAAAAGAAAACUGUCGGGGCCACCGCUGCAGCUGCAACCGACCCCUCCCCUGCAACUGAGGUGGGAUAGAGACGAGGGGCCCCCACCGGCUAAGCUUCCAUGUCUAUCUCCUGAGGCACUGUUGGUGGGUCAGGCUUCCCAAAGAGAAGGACGCCUCCAGCAGGGCAACAUGCGUAAGAACGUGAGGGUGCCAAGUAGAACAUCAAAAUUCAGGAGACUAAGAGAGCUGCUUAGGAGGAGAAAGAAGAGACGGCAGGGCAGGCGUGGUGGCCCACGCCUGUAAUCCAGCACUUUGGGAGGCCCAGGCGGGCGGAUCAGGAGGUCAAGAGAUUGAGACCUGAGGAGCAUCUCUGCCUGCACCAUCUGGGAAGUGAGGAGCGCCUCUGCCUGGCUGCCGUCCUGUCUGCGAAGCGAGGAGUGCCUCUGCCCGGCCCCCUUACACUCUGGGAAGUGAGGAGCGCUUCUGCCUGGCCACGGCCCUGUCUGGGAAGUGAGGAGUGCCUCUACCCAGCUGCCCACCAUCUGGGAAUUGAGAAGGAGCACCGCCUCUGCCCGGCCUCCACCCCAUCUGGGAAGUGACGAGCACCUCUGCCCGGCCGCCUCACGGUAUGGGAAGUCAGGAGCGCCUCUGCCCAGCCGCCCUGUCUGGGAAGUAAGGAGCGCCUCUGCCUCGCCGCCGUCCCGUCUGCGAAGUGAGGCGUGCCUCUGCCCGGCCUCCCCACCGUCUGGGAAAUGAGGAGCGCCUCUGCCCGGCCACCGUCCCAUCUGGGAAGUGAGGAGCGCUUCUGCCCAGCCACCGCCCUGUCUGGAAAGUGAGGAGCACCUCUGCCCGGCCCCCUCACCCUUUGUAAGGGAGGAGUGCCUCUGCCCAGCCCCUGCACCGUCUGGGAAGUGAGGAGCGCCUCUGCCCGGCCCCCUCACCAUCUGGGAAGUGAGGAGCGUCUCUGCCCAGCCGCUGUGCAACCUUCCACGUGUGAAGUGACAGCCUUGUGUGUGAUCUUUCUGCCCUCCCCAAGUUUGCAUUUUCGACAUUAAAGUUUACUUUUUAAUUAAAAAAAAGGAGAUCGAGAUCAUUCUGGCCAACAUGGUGAAACUCUGUCUCUACUAAAAAUACAAAAAUUAGGCGGGCAUGGUGGCUUGUGCCUGUAGUCCCAGCUACUCGGGAGGCUGAGGCAGGAGAAUGGCUUUAACCCGGGAGGUGGAGGUUGCAGUGAGCCGAGAUCGCACCACUGCACUCCAGCCUGGUGACAGAGCAAGACUCCGUCCUGAAACGAUGUUGUAAUUGAGAGCAGGAUGGUCUUUUGGGACAGGAGGAACAAGAGGUUCUGGUUACCACUCUUCAAUCAGUUCUUCUUUUUCCUUGACUGUAAGAUCAGAUCGUUCUUGUAAUUUGUAAGUCUUAGAGAAAAGAAGUCUGAUUAUCCAGAGUAUGAGAAUCCCUUCCAAAAUAAGAUGGUAAGCAGGAGCCUCGUAAAGCGCCUGUACCAUCUCCACCAGAACCCACUGCUGCGUGGCGGUCGCCAUAGUUAGCCGCUUCCUUCCCGAGGUCAAAGUUCUAAUUAAACUUUGUAGCUAAUGAUAAAAUGAAUAGCUGAUGAGAAAAAAAGGGAGCUACCAGAUCAGAAAGUAUUUGAAUUUAUGAUGUGACUGUGUAUAUACUGAUGUCAGAAGUGUGGAUGAAGUGAGGGGGUAAAGGAUUGAAUGCAGAAAGAAACCGCAGG